AUGCGCUUCUGCAAUUCGGGAUUGACCACAAAUGAAAAGUCUGAUGUGGCAAUUGUCUCGAAAGAAGGAGAACGUUUUGAAGUGAAACUAUUUGAAUCAGAGAUAGCACGAGAGCUAAACUAUCUCGGAGCUGUUAGUCCACGAUCGCUGCAAAAGAAUAUUCUGGUGCCAUUCUCAUCAAAUACGGUGAAAUACUUACUUGGACUGGUGAAAGUAAGUGAUUGUAUUGAAGAAGAAGACUGGUUUGGCCUUGAGAAGUCACUCGAGGAGAUUGCUGGAUUCGGAAGUCAACCGAAUUAUCCAAAAAUUAGAUCAACAAAAGAAGCCAUUUGUGAUCAUAUUCUCUCAACACUGGAUGAUUGUAACUGUUUUCUUCUUCACAAAAAGUUUCGCCAGUUCGAUUGUCACAGUCAUGCCAACAAGUCAUUGGAAUACAUCCUCUAUAACUUGAUAAGAAUGGUUAUGAUUGAUAGGGUGAUUGACGUUGAAUUUUUCCGUUUACCACCUGAGGAAUUGACAGAACUUCUUGAUAAUGACGGUGUCAAUUUGGAUAAGGAAGUAUAUGUCGUUGGAGUCAUUGACAAAUGGAUUUCAGCAGACUUCCGGAAUCGAGAGAAGUUUCGUUCGAUGUUAAUGUCAACUGUUCGUGUGUUGUCAUUAGAUGAGGAGACGGCAAAAUCAUUUUCCCAAUAUCAUCUAUCCACGAAAAAACCUCGUAAAACUUGUGAUCUCAUCAUGAUUGUUGGAGGAUGGCUUCACAGACAAGCAUGCGAUCGAAUCGAAUGGUUUGAUCCAGAUUCAAAAGAAUGGAAAGUGUCUCAACAAAGACUACCCAUGCCACUUGCAUACCAUGGAGCUGCGAUUAUCGAAGGAAUGCUCUAUGUGUUCGGAGGAUCGAAUGGAGUCCGCACUCGUUGUGAAACAUGGAAGUUGUCAUCGCUAACGUGGAAAUGGGAGAAAUGUGAUAACAUGUUUGAGCCGAGGAACUAUAUUUCGAACAGUUCCGUUGUUUAUGAUGAUAAGAUUUACGUUUUUGGUGGACAGAAUUUCAGAGAGAUUACACGUGUUGCGACGAGAAGUCGAACUGGAGAAGUUUAUGAUCCGAAAACUAAUCGAUGGACUUUGACUGGAAGUCUCCAUGACAUGCGUUCUGAUUGUGCAGCCGCCGUAUUUGACAAUCAAAUUUAUGUCUGUGGAGGGUUCAAUGGAGAUAACAUCUUAUCAACUGUGGAAGUCUACAAUCCAAUCGGUGACUUCUUCUCUCGAUACAUUGAUCUACCGUUCCCAAUAACUGGUCACUGCCUUGUCACUCAUCAAGAACAUUUAUUCGUUGUUGGUGGAUUCAAUGGGGCCCAACGAUUGAAUAAAAUUUGGAUGUGGAAUCGAAAGGGUGAAUGGCAAGAACGUUCGGAGAAAUUGGUGUUUGGAAGAUCUACAAGUGCCGCUUGUUCAUACAAAGGAUGGAUUGUUUCGGUUGCUGGAUACACGGAGAGAGUUGAAUCCACUUGUGAAAUACUGCUUCCCACUCCCGAUGCUGCUUGUUUUGGCUCAAUUCCUCCCAUUCCGAGAGCUAAAAGUGCUUUGAAAGUACUACAUGCCCAGAACUGGAGAAGACGUUUGGAGAACAGAGGAGUCGUUGAGGCACACUUGGCAAUGUCAGAAGAAGAUUAUGACGAUGAAGACGGAGAAACGACUUCUUACAUGUCUCGUUCGGAUGGAACUGGUUAA